AUGGACGAAUUAUCUCGUAUUCGGAACCUGGUAAUUCCUUGUUUCGCGCUAUUCAUGGUGUUGGGAAAUCAAGUGGCUUGCGAAAGGAUAUUAAUAAUAGCCCAAGCGCCGUUCUACAGCCAUGUGUCUGUGAUACGAGAGCUUAGUUUAGCUCUGAAUAAACGAGGCCAUGAAAUAGUGAUGGUAACGCCGCAUCCAACGAAGAAUCUGCCGGCCAACUACACCGAAAUCGAUUUCAGCUCUAGUUUGAAGAUGCCAGAGCUAUUAAGCGUGCUUUCGAGACUGUUUGGUUAUCAGGCUGCCACGAGGCUGGAGUCGUAUCUUGUUAUAUAUGAUUACCUGCAGAUUUAUACGAAAUACUUUUACGAGCAUCCGGAUAUAAAAAGGAUCUACGCGGAAGACAGCAAGGAGAGAUUCGAUUUGGUGAUCGCGGAACAUGUGCUGACUCAUGGGAUCUGCUUUAUUGCUCACAAAUUAAAAGCUCCUCUGAUCACUAUAUUAUCUGUGGAGAUCAAUUUGGUGCACCAUCAUAUACUAGGCAACCAUCUUUUACCGUCUCAUCCCUCAAACUGGGAAUUUCACGAUAGUACAGGACUGGAAGUGCCGUUUUGGGUUAGAGUAAAAAAUUUUGUGCAUGCACUGCUCUUGGUUCGACAGUGGUAUUAUUAUGAGACGGGAAGCAUCUAUGAUAUCGUGAAAGAAUAUCUGGGGAGUAACAUACCCUCUCCCUUUGAUGUGCUGAAGAAUAUAAGCCUGAUUUUGGUUAAUUAUGACCCGGUGCUCACUUAUGCCAGACCGAUGCCAUUCAAUUUUGUUGGAUACAGUAAUUGGACUGUUGUGGAUAACCCUCCGCCUUUGCCAAAGGAUAUACUUGAAUUUCUGGGAACAGCGUCCGAAGGUUUCAUUUACAUGAAUCUUGGAUCCACUAUUAAUUCCACGAUGCUGCCUGCUAAGACCCUGACAGCAAUUUCCAAUGUCUUUUCUCGAUUACCCUACAAGAUCAUAUGGAAAUUCGAAACAAAUUUACCGAAAAAAAGUGAGAACAUCUUCAUCAGAGAUUGGAUUCCUCAGCAGAGUGUUUUGGCCCACAAGAAUAUCAAACUGUUCAUUUAUCAAGGAGGGUUGCAAAGCACGGAAGAAACUAUACAUUAUGGCGUACCGAUCAUAGGAAUACCGUUAAUAUUUGAUCAACUGUACAGAAUCAAGAAACUUAUGUCGUUAGGAGUUGGUAGAAUGCUCGAUUUUACCGAGCUCGACGAGGAAACCUUCCAGGAGGCUGUUAUCGAUGUACUCAAUAACAAAAGGUAUAAAACAAAGAUGUUAGAAUUAAGACAUCUCGCAAAAGAUAAACCUUAUAACAGUAAAGACCGCGCAAUAUGGUGGGUGGAGUACGUGUUACGUCACAAAGGAGCGCCACAUCUUCGGUUCAGUGGAGCAGAUGACCCGUGGUACCAGCGAUACGAUAUGGACAUCGUCGCAUUUCUUUCGAUAAUGUUCUUUAUCGUAACAGUAAUAUGUAUAAUAACUCUUCUUCGGACUUUACAAUGGUGCUUCAGAUAUUACAAGUCGUACGAGUCGAAACAUCCUUCAUCUGAUCAAAAGAGAAGCAAAAUAGAGUAG